AGCUAGAGUAUCAGCUGACUGAUUUUUGUUGUAACCGCGAAUUUUACUGUUUACAAUUCAAUCCUCGUGUUAGUGGCAAAUAAAAUGUGUCGUAGAUAGAAAAUUAGAUGUCAUAAAUUUGAAGUUUGAAAAGCAAAAAUUAAAUAUCAAAGAUGGAUAUUGAUGAUGAUGAAGAUAUAUUUGAAAUAAGCGAUGAUGAAUCUACGGGAAAUAAAGAAAUACCUUGCAGUUAUAACCCCAUUGAUGAUCAUUUGAUGAAACAAUUAAAUGACGUAAAAGAUUGUAUUUCUAAAGUUAAAAAAGAAACGGAAAAUGUGCAAUCACUUGGUAACAAAAUAAUAAAUAAACUUUAUAAAAAGUGUCAGUAUGUUGUUGAUGAUGAAAGUUCUGAUGAUGAUGAGCUGUAUGAUGCCAACAGUGAGCCAGUUAUCAAGAGAAAAAAAAUGACCAAAGAGUAUCAAGAACCGCUGGUCGUUACUGAUGUUUGGCAACGAAUCAUUGAUGACAAGUGGGUAAUAGGAGUUGAUCUUGAAAAUAAUUCUCAGAGGGUACUUGAAAAACCGCGUUUAUUCAUAAUGAUAUCAGGUGAAAGGGUGAUAAAAGGGGUAACGUCAUUCUGGGAAAUAAUUAACGAUUCACUGUGGAAUAGAACGAGAGAAUUACAUCCUGAAAGCGACGAAAUAGUUGCUACUGCAGUACUAGACCUACCAACUUUUAAUGACACUUGUCAAGUUAAAGUUUAUGGAACUGUCAGUUAUACUAUGGAUGAAAUUCAACUGCAAGCGCCUAUUAACUUUCUUACACUAACAACAACUCAAGCUAUUGACAAGUCAUUAACACCACGUCAUGCUAAAGAUCUUCAUCGAAGUGUAGUUGCUAUGAAAGCUGCCGCUAUUGAAAAAAUAAUAGCCCUGCCAUUGUAUGGCGAAGGACGUGGCAUCAGGAUACUUAGCUUCAUUGAAAGCAAAGAUUUUAAAGAAAUUUUGAGUGAUGUACAUGUUUCGAAAAAUCCCGAAAUUUUUCGUCACUGUUUAAUUGAAAUUUUAUCUGUCGACAAUGCGGUUACAAUGAGAAUUUCCGCAAGGUCGACGGCACAGUUGAAUAUUUUAACGCACAUGCUCCGAGCGGAAUUUCCGGAUGCCAGUGAGACAGGGAAACCGGAUAAAGUCGCCGACGCAAUGGCUGCACUUGAAAAGGAACUGGAGUUAAAACUUGGGUGUGAUGAACCCAUGGAAUUACUUAAGGCUAAAGUCGUUACCGACUUAUUGAUACCAUAAAAAUUAAUUUUAAUACUUAGUCACAAUAAUUGUUCAUCGUUUUUUAAAAAAAAAAUAUAUAUAUAUAUAUACAUAUUUUUAUAGUU